CAAACACAGCACAGACUCAUGGAGGGUUUGAAACUUAUGUAUGCUAGCCUGGAGGAAGCUCAGAACCAUGUGUGGCACAAGACAGAAGGGCUAAACUCCACUUCUCUGGUAGUGAGAAGGGGACAGCCCUUUAGACUCACACUGAGCUUCAAUAGACCUUAUAUGUCAAGCAAAGAUGACCUCAUGCUCAGGAUAGAACUAGAUCGCCUUUACUGUGACAUUCCCAUCACAUCCUCAAAAGCCACAUCUCAAUCCCAGUGGUCUGCCUACUUUCUGCAGGGCAUGCUGGACCCCAGUGCCCCUCACAAGGCUUCUGUGUGUGUGUACAGUCCGCCCACUGCUAUCGUGGGAGUGUAUCAUCUCCAUCUGUUGUUCAUGUCUCGCUAUGGCUCUUCCAGCCGCAGGAUUGGACAAUUGACCCUGCUGUGUAAUCCAUGGUGCACAGCUGACUCUGUCUACUUGCCUGAAGAAAAUCAGAGGGAAGAGUAUGUGAGGAAUGACUUUGGCCUGCUGUACCAGGGCACAGCCAAAAACAUCAGCUUUAGGCCAUGGGGCUUUGAUCAGUAUGAGAGUGGUAUCUUGGAGAUCUGUAUGAUGAUGCUGCAGGUGAGCAAUGAACACAAGAAAAACUGGAAGAGUGAUUAUGCUAAUCGCUCUGACCCUGUUUACAUCAGCAGAGUUGUCUCAGCUAUGAUAAAUAGUAAUGAUGACUGCGGUGUGCUGCAAGGGAAUUGGUCGGAGGAUUACAGAAGUGGUGUCAACCCGUCAGAGUGGACAGGCAGUGGAAGCAUUCUGAAACAGUGGGCCAAAUCUGGCUUCAGCCCUGUGAAAUAUGGACAGUGCUGGGUUUUUGCUGCUGUCAUGUGCACAGUAAUGAGAGUCCUGGGAAUCCCGACUCGUGUGGUCACCAACUAUAACUCGGCUCAUGACACUAAUGGGAACCUGGUGAUUGAGGAGUAUUACACUGAGAAAGGGGAAAAGCUGCCUCAUAAUCGUGACAGCAUCUGGAACUUUCACGUGUGGGUGGAGUGCUGGAUGAAGAGAGGAGAUCUAAGAGCAGGAUUUGAUGGCUGGCAGGUGGUUGACCCCACUCCACAGGAGAGAAGCAGAGGAGUAUACAGGUGUGGUCCUGCCCCAGUAAAAGCCAUUCGGGAGCGUCAGAUCGACAUGGCCUAUGAUGUCCCAUUCAUCUAUGCUGAAGUUAAUGCUGAUGUGUGUGUGUACAUUGUGCGCCAAGCACAAGUAUUGAACUACGCCACUGAGACAGACAGAGUUGGUGUUCUCAUAUGCACCAAGAGCCUGGGAUCCAACCAACCACAGGAUAUCACUUCUACCUACAAACACAAAAAAGCUCUACAGCCAUCUGUCAGAUCAACAAGUCCAAUGCCAGGACCACGUCUAGCCAACAACCAUGGAUCAGCAAAAGGUCUUUCUGUACGUCUGAGCCUCAUUAAAGCACCUGUUGUUGGAGAAAAUAUCUCCUUCUCAGUCACUGUGACUAAUCAUGGCAGUGUUGUGAAGACAGUGAGAGAAUACGUCAAUGCUCAGGCAAAGAGCUAUGACCACAGUCCAUCUGAUACCUUCUGGGAGGCCGAUAAGAUCAUCCAGCUUGCUCCUAAUGGAAGUAAAGUGCUACAGCACCAGAUCUCAUACAGUCAGUAUUCAGCACUGGGGAAUGAGCAGCUAGUCAAUUUGGCAGUGGUCGUAAUGGAUGUGGCCACUCAGGAGAGAGUCCUGGCUUCUGAAGAGUUUAACAUCACCAGCCCAAUCAUCCACAUAAAGGUUGCUGAUGAGGAUUCUAUCAUUGCCCGCCGACACCAGGUUGCUAUGGUGACAUUCACCAAUCCGUUCCCUGUGGCAGUGAGAGGCACGUUGACUGUAGCAGGUUCAGGCCUGCUGGAGGACAAAGUGCUCAUCAAUGUUGCACUUCUGCAGCCCAGAGAGACCAUGAACACUGUGGUACGCUUUACACCAAAGAUGGCAGGAGUGAAGAUGCUGCACGCAAGACUGAGCCUGGAUAUCAACCGCAUUGUUAUCCGUGGCUUCAGAACCAUUACAGUCCGACCAGCAUGAAAAGGGAAAUCAGAACCAAGUACCAGAGCCACUGAUUGUAAGAUGUUUAUCUGUUUGAAUAGUAACUAUACUUGAAGAAACUAAUAUGAAACUCUGUAACUAUGUGAAAUUGUAUUAUUUAUUUAUUUAUUGCAGUGUUUUUCUAACUAUACUCACUGUGCUGAUAACAAAGUGAUGUAAGUUUAUCUAUGGCCAGCAUUUUCAAAUAUUUAAGUAAUGUAUCAAAUAUUAUAUAUAUAAUGUAUAAUGUAUAAAUAUUUUGU